GCCCAUAAGAGCUGAUGGAAGCCGGCAUGAUAAAGUAUUCGAUAUUAUAUUUAUAUCCAGCCAAGACGGUCGUCGGCGGCGUUGGGCGAGUGCCUGUUGACCGUGAAAUUGUGUGCAACCAUAUUAUAUCCAUAAGAAAUGGGAACCAUUCGCCGAUAUUGCGGCAAAUCUGCGUCGGAUAUUUGGACUCACGAGACGACAAUGAGGGCGUGGACCGGAUUGGAUCGCGUCCACUGCAAUGCCCAGCUAUAAUUAUUGUAAUAAUGCCACGUGCUACUCUGUCCUUCGCUCACGUGCCUAAGCCAUGGAACCGACGACUUUCCGAUGCCAUUAAAUUUCUCGUACCGCGACGCUGCCAGGAGAAGCUGUCGAAAUCGAAAAUAAUCAAAUGGAAGAAGCUCUUGUUGACGCCGACAAGUUUGGGGCCGAAUUCCUUCGAGUUCUGCGUCAUCGACGAUCUGGAGAAGUUCCGCUGAAUGUGAAGCUUUCAAAGCCUAUCCAGGAUCCUCUGAUUCAGGAGGCCAACCCACCAGCCUUGAGUAAGGCAAUGGAAUCUUGUCCGAAGGAAGAUAUUAGCAAUUUGAAGGACUUGCUUCAUGAGGAAAAUCUUCAUCUGGCUACAGAGGAAGGGGAGCAAGGGCAGUUGCCUAUAUUGAUUAUAAGCAUGAAGGAUAGCAAACAGCAAAAGAAACCUGCGAUUGUUUUUCUGCACAGUACGAACAAGUGCAAAGAGUGGUUGAGACCAUUGCUUGAGGCUUAUGCAUCGAGGGGAUACGUAGCCAUUGCCAUUGAUUCUCGUUACCACGGUGAAAGGGCCAAGAACAAAACCACCUACCGCGAUGCUCUUGUAUCUUCAUGGAAAAGAGGUGAUACCAUGCCGUUCAUAUUUGACACGGUAUGGGACUUGAUCAAAUUGGCAGAUUACCUGACAAAAAGGGAGGACAUUGACCCAUGUAGAAUAGGAAUUACCGGCGAAUCUCUUGGAGGAAUGCAUGCAUGGUUUGCUGCUGCUGCCGACACUCGCUAUGCCGUGGUUGUCCCCAUAAUUGGCGUGCAGUGUUUUCGAUGGGCCAUAGAUAAUGAUAAGUGGCAGGCACGAGUUGAGAGUAUAAAACCUGUUUUCGAGGAAGCAAGAAUUGAAUUAGGCAUGAAUGAGAUCAACAAAGAAGUCGUGACCAAGGUCUGGAAUAGGAUUGCUCCUGGUUUAGAUUCUAAAUUUGACUCGAUUUAUGCAGUUCCAGCUGUUGCACCACGUCCUUUGUUGUUGUUAAAUGGUGCAGAUGACCCUCGAUGUCCAAUUGCCGGUUUGGAUACAACUGUAACAAGAACACAGACAGUUUAUCAGAACUUUGGUUGUCCAGAAAAUUUUAAGUUCAUCGCACAACCUGGGAUUGGCCACGCAAUGACACCAGAGAUGGUGAAAGAAGCUAGCGAUUGGUUUGACAGGUUUUUAGGGCAGAGUAUCUAAGAGUUGUGGCUGUUCUCGUCAUUGAUCCCUGUGGAUAUCUGAUCUUGAGAUGCAUUGGUGAAGAUAAUAUUCCCAUCAGUUCUAAUGGAAAGUUACUUCACUUUGGUAGUAAACAAGUUCCAUACUUUUCAUGCUCUAGUUGAAUGGUCAAAACUCUCGAAUGACAGUUUGAGUUGUAAUAGAAAAUAUAUCUCUAAAAGUGGUUUAAUGAUUUUUCUUCUGAAACAGAGGUUUGAUCAUUAUAUUAGUGAAGUUAUAAGGCGCCUUCGAACAUUCCUGCCAUACAAGUAGCUUUGUAUUUCAUGAAAAAAUGAACCCUUUUCACACU